AUGGGAAUUCGGACGGACACGUCCUCCGGCGAAGGGACUGUUUUCAGCGAGGAUGUUCUUAAGAUUGAAAUAUGCGGCCCUAAUGAGGAUUACUUGACAGUCAUUGAUGUUCCGGGUCUUUUCCGCACCCCGACGGAGGGAAUUACAACUAGAGAGGAUGUCCAGCUUGUUCGAAACAUGGUGCAGAAGUAUAUCAAAAACGACCGUACCAUCAUCCUCGCAGUCCUCCCCAGCAACGUCGAUAUUGCUACCCAGGAAAUCCUUACGCUUGCAGAAGAUUAUGACAAGGCUGGAGAGCGAACCCUGGGCGUACUGACGAAGCCGGAUUUAGUAAAGGAACACAAUGCACAGGUCGGCAUUUGCAACAUUGUUUCGGGAAAGAAGAGGCCACUCACCCUUGGAUACUACGUCGUUCGAAGCCGCGGAGCGGACGACGACGACGACUUUAACCAUGCAGAUGGUGAAAAAAUGUUUCUGAAGACGCCUUGGAACCAACUGCCAAAGAAUCGUCUAGGUGUACCGGCUUUGAAGGCACGACUGAGCGAACUCUUGAGUCAAAUUACGCAAAAGGGCUUCCCGGAACUACGAAAAGAAGUCAAUAAGCAGUUAGCUGAUUGCCGCACAGAACUGGAAGGACUUGGCCCAUCGCGUCAAACUGAGAGGGACCAACGAUUGUUUCUUAGUUCUCUGGCCCGGAGCUUUCAAGAUACCGUUCACGCGGCCAUGAAUGCCUAUUAUUCGAGUCAGGCUAUUUUUGAGCAGAGAGAAGAACUCAGACUUAUCACGUACGUGGUAAAUCUCACGGAGAUCUUCGGCGACGAUAUUGCGCGGAAGGGUCACGUCCGCUCAUUUGAAGGUCACUCUAGACUCAGCGAUGAUGACGAGGAGUCUUCCGAAAGCGAGGAAUCCGAUUCCCGGGCCGAAGCUCAUGCGAUAGAAGGGCCAGAUUUUCUUCAAGAUAUUGAUCUCGACGAAUUCGACGUCCUCGACAGUAUCAUAAUUAAGGAUUGUGAUGUCGAUGAUCCCAUGCCCGGCAUUAUGGACUGGACUGAAGAUAUCUACCUCCGAACUCGUGCAAUUGAGUUAGGCACUUUCAGUGGGAUUAUCCUCUCAAGCGCCUUCAAAGAGCAGUCUGGUAAUUGGGAAUUGCUGACGAAGUCAUACAUCAGCCAUGUUGUCGUGGUCAUUCACCGUUUCAUGGUCCUUACUCUCAACGCACUUUGUACCGACGCACAGCUUCGCGAAGAGCUAUGGAAUUGUAUCAUUGAUGAAGUCCUCGAGAGAUACAAGGCAGCGAUGGAUCAAGCGAUGUUCCUCGUGUCCCUGGAGAGAAACCGAAGGCCAUACACGGUAAACCAUUACUUCAAUGACAACCUUCAGAUCGCCCGUGGCAACCGAAAGGCGGACAUGUUGAAGCCAAAGUCUCGAAGAGAGAUCACGCAGGGAUAUAACCGCCAGGCCAUCACCUCGGAGAAUCUCAUUGUUAAUCUCAGCGAUGUCAGAGCUACAACUAGAAGCAAGGGCAAUCUGGAAUAUAUCAAAGAAGAGAUACACGACAUCCUAUGGUCAUAUUACAAGGUAGCGCGGAAACGUUUCGUCGACAAUGUUUACCAGCAAGCUGUGGAUCACUGUUUAUUGACCGGACCGAAGAGCCCUCUGGCUGUUUUCACGCAGGAGUGGGUGAUCUCAUUGGACUCUGAGAAAUUGGCGAGAAUCACACAAGAGCUGUCGGUUACUAGAGCACGGAGGGAAGUAUUGACAAGGAAGCGUCAGGAUUUAGAGACUGCGGUGCGGAUUUUGAGAAACUGA